CGCUCACGUUGACGUAACAUUUUCAUUCACCCACGGUUCCAAACUAAGAACCACAACUCCAUAGAUGAAGGUCGGACUACCAAAACGAGCACCUCCGCAUGCACGUCGGCGUCAAAACUUCCGCUCUGCCCAAAAUGAGCCAAGAUGUGUGCAAGAUUGGGGAUAGCGGUCACGACGACUAUGGUCGGGUACUCAGCAGCCACAUCGAACCAUGUUUGGUUGCCCGUCACCACCAUCUCGGUGCUCUUUAAGAUCUCUCCCCGAGUUUAGAUUCUCGGCAACGUCUUCCGGGCCAGUGAGGUCUGGAUCCAAUUCCGCUAUCAUUCAUGACGGGAGGAGGAACACAGGACUAUGCGCAGAGAAUAAAAGCGAUUGUGUCCCUCACUGACGAAUAGACCGGGGUUGAUUUGGUGGUUGAAUCCAUCAAUAUCAAUCUUUCUGGCCCCUUCAUCCUUCUUUCACUCCCUGAUUGACAAGCUAGCUCCUUACGCGAAAAAGCAUAAUUCAGCAUGUCUGGCUUAGGUUUGACGAAAGCUGCUGGUUUAGUCGUGGCUUGGACAGUCUUGGUUGCCUUGAGUGCACCAUACCUGUCCGAGACUUUUUCCCAGAUCUCAUCACUCACCUUCAUCAUCAGCGGCCUUCCAGUACCUGACCACCCUCUCGCAAAACCCCUGAAACUUUUCCGGAAUACAGCAACUUGUACAGAAAAACCCCGACAGCCCUUCUUCUGCGAUGUAUCCUGUUCAUACAAGAUUGAGCUCGUCUCUCUGGACCCUUUGAUUAUUUACAUCCACAACCUCAUAACACCCUCCGAGAUCUCCUCACUCCUCUACACAGCCGAACCCAUGUUCAAACCAUCGGUGGUAACCAAACAUGGCCGUCAACAACAAACGCAAGACCGCACGUCGAGCUCAGCUGGACUACCACGCGACGAUCCCGCUGUCAAGUGCGUCCUGGACCGGGCACGAGGCUUUAUGGGUACAAUGUUGAGGGAUGGCUGGGACGAGAUGGGUCCGCCGCAGUUGGUUCGGUAUCGGGCCGGUCAGAGGUUCAAUGUCCAUCAUGACUGGUUUGACAGGCCGCUCUUAGCCAACGACGGCAGCAACAGGGUGUGGAAUCGCGUUGCCAGUUUCUUUGCCAUACUCCAGGACAACUGCACCAAAGGCGAGACACACUUCCCUCAUGCGAAGCCAAUCAUAUUGUCGAGUCCGUGGAAAGAACCCAUGUGGCGUGGCGGAUUAGAGGACCAAAAGCUGAAGAACGUGACUGAUUUAAAGCCUCUUUGGCGGGAGCAUGAGGAUGGAGGGUUGGCGUUCAGACCGGUUGCUGGCAAUGCUAUCUUUUGGGUUAACCUUCAUGCCAACGGGACUGGUGAUGAACGGACAAACCAUGCCGGACUUCCACCGGGGGAUGGGCUCAAGACCGCGAUGAACAUUUGGCCUAGGCGAUACUGGCCUUAUGAAUAG